AUGUCAAUAUUAAUGCGCCUCAGGAGAACGCUUUCCAAAACCCCAUACCUCUCAAACACACAUCAACCUCACACAACCAUUUUAGGCCAACCAUAUGGCACAAAAAACGACGGCAAUUCAUCCCAAACAACGCACCAACAAGAUUCCCCCAACCACCCUAUCCCGUCAAACAAAGCGGAGCCCACUCUACACGACGGAAACCAGUCACCAUUCGCCGAUCAAGAUGGAAACCUGAAAGACGACUUGCCUUCCGAUGUUAAGAAGCAUAAUCAGGAAAUGGAAGAACGGUAUGAUAAGCCGUACAAUCAUACCGGGGAUCAGGGACAGGCAGAUCCUUCCUUCAAGAGCGAGAUUUAG